GCUGGAUAGUAGUCAAGCAGCCGAGAUCCUGAUUGAAGAGCUCGGCUCGCUGUCAGCUGGGAGUUUGCAUUCUGCAGAGGCUGUCUUGUUUGUGGCUUGUCAGCAAUUGCUUGCGACAAGGUUCUUUGCCAUGUGUGAAAGCAACCUGGCAUGAAUGCAGGGCUGUACCAUGUCUCACACCCGGAUGGGGGUGGGGUGGGAGGAAAGGAUCAGUCCAGAAGAGAUAAUAGGCCACAAAGUGAUUCCCCAAAAUUGCUUUGAUGUUGCCCCGUGUCUUAGUGUUAAGGAGGCCAGAGUUUGUGGGAAAGGGGUGUUCGCGUUCAUUUUCUCAGCUGCACUGAACCUCAAGUAAUCAUUGAAAUAGAAGAUGGUCGUGUUCAUGAGUUUGGAAGGCGCUGCUUGAGGAUCUUUGCUGAAUAUUUGCAGUGCAUCUUAUAGGUAGUACACACACGCUACAGAACAGCGGUGGUGCAGGGAGUAAGUGCUUGUGGAUGUAACGCCAAUCGAGCAGGCUGCUUUGCCUUGGAUGGUGUCAAGUUUCUUGAGUGUGCUUGGAAUUAUACACAUCCAGGGAUUUAGUUCCAGUUUUGUAGAGACUGCGUGCAGCUGUAAGAAUGAUGGGUGUAUCGUGAUAUUCAAGAAAAGUGUGGUCUGGAGAUGCGAGAGUUUGUCCAACAGGAGCAAGCACAGGCACAAAGAAUGCUGGAAGUGCAGGAGGGACUUGCCCAGUUCAACAAGAAAGAACAGUCAAUAAAGGAACAAGACGAAGGAAAGGAUUGUGAGCAAACGCUAACAAAUUCUCAGAAAGUUCUCACAUCACCGAAGGUCCUCAGCCCACAUAGGCACUUAACCUCUUCAUCAGGGAUUACAACUCCCCCAAUGCAUUCAAAUAAUACAAAGAUGAAGAACUCACCAGUUAGAACUGGGCAAAGUCCAAAAGCCAAGGAGGAGGCCAUAGGCUGCUCAUCUCCCAUGACAUCUCCUUUAAGUGCAUCACAGCUGGACAUCAGAUUGUCUAAUCAAGCAAAGCAGGGUAGCACCAACCAGCCACAGGCCUCACCUUGUGAUUCAUUGAUCGUGAGUGGGAACCAUGACUCAGAAGCUGUCCAAGGUUCAGGAGGAAAUCUGGGAAUAAAAAAUGGGCAAGGACUGGGGACAAGCAGCGCGAUAAAAGGGAAGGGCAAGAGGGAAAGAAGCAUGUCCGCUGACUCUUUUGAACAAAGGGAUGCUGGCACACCCAACAAUGAAUCUGAACAUAAAGAUGGAGGCAGCAGAAGCAAGCGGCUUUGUGUAGCAGAGCGACGUCAACCAUACAGUGGUGCUGAAUGGUGCUCAGGAACGGAGAGUGAAGAAGAGGAACGAACCUUCUUCAACUGUAAUUCUUCUGAGAGUGUCAAGUCCCAGGAACAACUGGCAACACAUUCACUCCCUUCUUCCAACCCAGAUGCCAGUAGGUCUUCCAAUCCCUUGCACAAUUCUGUUGGAAGCCACAAUCUGAUGUCAGAAUCUAGCGCCACCAAAAAGACCCCUCCUAAAGUUACAUAUGUCUUCUCCACGCAUAUGGCCAACAAGGCUGCAGAAGCUGUCCUGAAGGGAGAAGCAGAAACUAUUCUUGCCUUCCAUAUGCAGAAUAUUUCAAACAGGGGGACAGAAAAGGAUGGUCUAGCAAGUAACAGUCCGCAAAACAAACAGAUAUCUGCUCACCGCCUUGCUUCACUAAAUCAUCAGCAAUCAUGUACGCGACAGAAGCAAGAACAAAACCAGCAAGAUGCAGCAAAAAUGGCACAGAACAAAUCUCAGCAGGGUCUGACAUCAAAGCAAGUUGAGAUUGUUGGUCAGGACAUUUCAGGCAUGGACAAUAAAGUGUUUCCUGAUGGUAGUCCCCAAAAUUCUAUUCCCAUACCUGUUGAGGAUCCUUGUGGAAACUCUGCACCUAGUAACAAAACACCCAAUGUAGUGGCACCAAAUGCUUAUACACCAACAAGUAGCUCAGAAUCUGAAUCAAAGAGUGAGCCAAAAGAGGCAGCGCAGCCAGAUAGUACGUUGAAUAUGGGAGAAAAUCCAGAAGGUCUGUCUCAAGAACAGUUGAAGCACAGGGCGCGUUCGUUACAAACACUGCGCGACAUUCAGAGAAUGCUCUUUCCUGAAAGUGAACAUGCAGGAACUUCAGGCAGUUGUCCAAUGCAGAACACUACAGGGCAUGAAGCUCCAUCUAAAAAGCCAGAAGGGCCUCCUAAAGCCAUGAUUUCGCAGUCACUGAAUGUAGGAAAACUGCCUAGCUCUCGGCCAGAGGCUCAAUCCUUUGGGACAUCAGGUCAUCGUGAUAUUGUUUUCCAGCCAGCUGAUGGAGGGCCACCACAGAAUUUAGUGAGUUCACAAGGGGGACAUGAACUUGUGGAUCACAUGACUUCAGAGCAAUUAGCCUGGUUAAAGCUGCAGCAGGAGUUCUACGAAGAGAAACGGAGGAAACAGGAGCAGACAGUUCACCCCAGAACAGUACAAGACCUCCUCAUGCACCAGCACGGCCCAAGAAGGAUAAUUGGAGGACCUCCUCCACCUUAUCAAAUCAACCCAAGAGAAGGAUGGGUCCCUGCGGAACCAGAAUCCUUUGAAGGAGUGAACCCUUCAAACACGACGCACCCCAGAGGUCGAACACACCAUUCAGGGAUUCGUGGGCAUCGGUUACAGAGAAUGCCCAGCUUUACAGAAAUGUUGAAUCCGGACAUUGGCACUGAUGGCAGCCCAAAUACAGUACCAAGACCUGGUCUCCCAGGUAUUAACUGGCCAGAUGACAUGCCAAAAAUGGCAGAGAGUAGAAAUUUCUGUCAUGGACCAGGACUUUUUUGUGGGACAGGUCGUGGGGUAAGAAUCCCAAAUCCUCAGAACAUGCAAGAUGAUCUAUUUCAACAGCAGUUGCCUGAAAAGCAGCUAAGAAUGUCCCCUGGAGUGGGAAUGGAGAUGAAUAAAUUGUUUCAAUUGCGAAAACAUCUGGAGCCUGCAAAUGGCAACAUCUUUCCGAGGUUAACAGGAGAAGGCAUUCCAAGUCUCACCAGAAUAGAAUUUUCUGAUCCCAAAGGGUUGCCAUUGCAGUCAGGUCCAGGUAGAGAUAUGGAAGUUGGAAUGAUAUCUUCUAGCAUGGACAUGAAUAUGAAUGUCAACAUGAAUCUGGAAGUGAACAUGAAGUCUCAGACAUUGUCACAAAAGCAAGGACCUGAAACAGAAAAACCUGGACAUGGCAUAAAAAUAAGGCAAUCAAACAAUGCAGAAAUGUUGGCUGAACAUCCGAAAAUCUUACCGUCUCAGUUCAGCGGCCAAUCACAAGACUUCAUAGCGUCUCCUUCACUCACCGGUGCCUCUCAAGGACCAGGAGCAAUAAGAAACCUGAGGGAUCAGUUUGUUUCUGAGCAAUUAACUAAUACGGGAAACAAUGCAAGGCUAAGUCACAUACCACCACUACCUCCAAACAUCUCCGCUAAUCCGAACACAAUCAAUGUGAUUCACCCAGCUCCACGAGGUCUCGGCCGUAAGCCAUCAGAUUUGAAUGUUUCUAGCCAGACAAGCUCUCCAGGGAUGAAUUCUUUGAAGUCACCAACAAUUAGACAGGUGCAGUCACCAGUGGUUGGUUCACCAUUAACGAGCCUCAAGUCCCCACAGACACCCUCUCAGCUGGCUGGCAUUCUCUCUGGCCAGGUAGCUGCAGCAUCUAUCAAGUCUCCCCCAGUUAUUCGGUCAGCAGCUACUUCUCCAGUCCACCUCAAAUCACCUUCUCUUCCAGCUCCUUCCCCUGAAUGGACGUCAUCCCCUAAACCUCGACUCCACAGUCCAGUUAUCCAGCCAAACACAAAACACCCCUUAAGUUUAACGUCGCCUGGGAUGAUGACAACGACGGAAUCAGGACCAAGAGCAAGGGGUGUAGAGAUGAGGUCCGAUGAAGGUGACGGGAUUGAAGGAGCGACAGCGCUACACAUGAGAACAGCUGAAAACAUGGAUAGGAAAUCGGAGGAGCUAAAAGAAUAUAAAGGUGUUCCAGCAUCCGGCCAGUCAGGUUCUGAGAGUCUUUCUGGAAAUCUUCCCUCCCACAGUCCCUACUCCAUGCCCCCUGAGCCUAGUCUUUCCCAGAACCCCUUAUCCAUCAUGAUGUCUCGAAUGUCAAAGUUUGCCAUGCCGAGCUCCACACCACUGUACCAUGAUGCAAUCAAGACCGUUGCUAGCUCUGAUGAUGAUUCACCACCUGUACGAUCACCAAAUCUUCCAUCCAUGAACCAUGUGUCAGGGGUCAACCAUUUAAAUGAGACACAACUUUCGGCCCCUCAUUCAGCCGGGCCGAUGUCUUCUCAGAGUCCGAUGGGAAUGAAUGUUCUCGGAGGACAGCCUCUUUCACAUCAUAUAACAAACCAGAUGCCAUCUCCGAAUGCCAUUGGGCCUACCGUGGUGUCACAUGGCCCUAUGGGACCCAACAUGAUGCCCCACGGCCCCAUGGUGCCACAUACUCCGCAGGAUCCAUCAAUUGCAAAUCCACAGAUGCUACAUCAAGGGCACAUGGGUUUUUUACAGGGGCAACAGAUUUACCCACCAGUGCAGUCACCAACUCAUCAGGUAUCCUUUCCAGUGAAUGACCCUGGCUCACAGGGAGUUUUCCCACCUGGAAUAGCAUUUUCUGGGGAAGGAGGGCUACUUGGACGUCCAAAUAGCAUCACACGGCCUUCUCCAGACCAAUCUCUGUGUAAGACAGUGCCGCCAGGCAUGCCAGACUCAUACACUGCAAUGGGAAAUCACAUAUCUUCAGUCUACAAUGACCCUGAAUUGCAGGAUGUCAUUCGCCCAAAUGCUUCUGGAAUCCCGGAGUUUGACCUGUCCAGAAUCAUUCCAUCGGAGAAGCCCAGCCAGACACUGCAGUACUUUCCCCACGGGGAUAGCCAGGGGCGCAAGCAGCUGCAGCUUCCCAGUCCUGGCUUUUCACAUCACAUGCAAGGAUUGAUGGGAGAGCCAAAUCCAGGCAGAAUGGGAUUGCCAAUGCCAAAUGUAGGAGGACAUAGUGUGGUUAGAGUUCAGGAGAUGGCCAUGGGUAAUGCUGCCUUUGUCUCAGGCCACAAUCCCAUGAGGUUACCUGGUUUCAUGCAUCAAGGCAUGAUGGGUCCUCAACAUCGUUUAAUGUCACCAUCACAAGGUGUCAUGCACACACGGAUGAACAACUUAAAUGCACUUAUGAUUCAAGGAAAGGAAAGAGUCCCAGGAAGUAUGUACAGUCACCCUGGCCCUGUAGGCUCUCCUCAGCACAACUUGAUGAUGCCACUCCCAGGGAUGGUGGCACCUCAACAGAAUAUGAUGAUACCACCCCAAAUGAGGCCCAGAGGUCUGACUGCUGAUGUAGGCAUGGACUUUCAUCAAGGACCAGGAAAUCUAGGAAAUAUGAUGUUUUAGCUGCUUGCAGGCUUUACAGUUGGAACAUUUAUCCUUAUGCUGCACUACAUGCAGAGGUAUUUAAAAUGCAUUUGGGAUCCCUGUGCAUAAGCAAAGAUAAACUGAAAAUUGUUCAUACAAAAGACAAGGAGAAUGUUUGGAAUGUACAAGAGUUCUUCAAAAUGAAGCUUGUAUCGCUCGGUCAGUGUUUUUUUCUGAUUUCAAUCAUUUCUAUGGAAGCUGGGUGACGUGCUUCUAAAGACUGCAUCCGUAAUAUGUGGAUCACAAUAUGUUACAAGUUGCACCUAUUAUGUUUACUUUGUGGACUAUUUCCCCAGAACUUUCUUCUGAUUGUGCACUGUAUUACAUUGUGAAAGGGAUUUCAACUGUGACUUCAUGUUUGAGAAAGGUGAGCAUCAUGAUUCACAAAGUAUCAAUCUUGUUUACAUGUUCAUGUUUGGUAUACACCAUUUUUGAAAAAUCUUUUGCGGCUCUGGAACAUAAUAAACUAAACUACAACCUCUGACAGAAAAGUAUUAACAAAAAAGCACAAAAGGUGAUUUAUUAAGUCAAAUUAAAGACAAAAUAUUGUUCGAUACAGUGGACAAACAUUAAAAACUUUUAGGAAAAGCUUGUCUGUCCUCUGGUACCUCUAUAACUUGCCUGCCUAGGGACAAAAUAGACAAAUGUUGCACCUCAUUUUAAACAUUAUCCCAUAUUGACUGUGGAGUUUUGGGAUAUACGUCGUUUUGUUUUAAGUUCUGGCAUGAUGUCAUGCAGUACUGUAGUAUGUUUUUUAUGCAAUAUCAUUCAUGAUAAACUCCAACUAACAUUUUCUAAAGGAGUGGAAAACAAAUAUUGAAAGUCUUGGUUUAUUUGAGACAUCUUUAUUUUGGUCUCCACCACUGUUAUACUAUUACAUAUUCUCAUGUGCUUUGGUACGGACCCACUUUCCAAGGUUGUGGUGUUGGAAUUAAAAUAAAAUAUAUUGUUUCUUAUAAUCAUAGUUGUCCUUUUUGUGUUAUGUGUGCUGUGACAAAGUAAUUGUUAAAAUCCAUUGAUCUGGAUUUGAAAACA